AUGGUUUCCUCCUCCUCCUCCUCCUCGAAAUCGUCGUUUUCGAAAAGAAAGACGACGAUGAUUUUCUCAUCGUCGUCGUCCAAAAGUGCAGACGCGAUGAUGGAAGCGCAACAAAAGCUGUACGGAAGAACGUCUUUAAUAAAGUCGUUCGCGACGACCUCGUCGUCUUCCUUUUCGGGAAGAAGAAGAAGAAGAGGGAGCGUUGCAACUGCCGCCUCUUCCUCUUCGUCUGAAUCGUCCGAAACAAAAGUCAUCCCGGGAGACUAUCGCAUAGGGGCGACCUUGAUUGCAAUCUCCCUCUUUCUCGGCCCGGUGUGCCACUUGUGGUUCCCGCAGUGCGCGAUACACGCGAUACUCGGAGGUUUCUUAUCCUUGCAAGCGUCGAGAGUUCGGUUUCGAUUCAGCGAGACAGAUUUGGACGUGGUGUUUAUUCAACCGGGCGAGAGCGACGGAGAAGCGGCGAAGGCGGAGACGGAUUCGUCCGGGGAUAACAAGUUGCAAGGCGGCGGAGCGAAUAAGUGGUCGUUUGAAAGCGUUCAGAAUUGGGAGUUUUGGUUUCCCGGGUUUCCCGUGCUCGUGUAUUAUAAGGAGAAUCAAACGAGAGAAGAAGGACAGCCGCACUUUUUUCCAAUCAUCAUGGACGGGAAGAAGUUGUACGAGGAAAUGUUGACGAAGAUGCCGAAAUCAGUCAACGAGAAACCGAACCCGAGCGAGUGGAAUUUGUUGACGGCGUUUAAAUCCACCCCGGUCGGGAGGAACAUCAUCGAGCAAAUGAGCGAGGAGCAAGUGAAGUGGUGCGAAGAGACGGUCGGUUUGCCGUAUUUCGACGAAAAGAAAUAA